UUUUUUUAAUUUUUUUUAGGAAGUACUAAACAAGGAGGAAGGAGAAAGAAAGGAAGGGAAGGGAAGGGAAGGUGAGAUCAAGGGAGUGUGGGUCAGAAUUCAGAAACAGCUACACGUUGUGAAGAGGAGGCAAUUGCAUGUGCCCACAUGGCCUAUCGCAGCUGGAGAGAUGAACAACUCCACACUCACCCUCCUUAAAUACGCAAUUAACCAUCUUUCCAGCUUUUACAUUUCCCUGCAUCUUCUUUCUUUUUCUUUCUGUCGGCUUUUCUGCUCGUACGACAUCUGAAUACUGAAUAUUAGCAUCACCAAGCACUCCCUCUCUAUACCCACAAAUCAUUUUUGCAAUAAUGAAGGAAAACAGUGAUGGGUUUGUUAGGGCUGAUCAGAUUGAUCUCAAAAGUCUUGAUGAGCAACUCGAGAGGCAUCUCAAUAAGGUACGGGCCAUGGACAAGAAUAAGAAACCCGAUGAUGGUCAUCUCUCAUCAGUGGCUGCUGCUGCUACCGCCGACUCUACCAAGACUAUUGCGCCUACCUUCAGGAAGGACAGGCAGGCAUGGGAGAUCGACCCUUCUAAGCUCAUCAUCAAGACUGUCAUUGCACGGGGCACCUUCGGCACCGUUCACCGUGGCAUCUACGAUGGCCAGGAUGUUGCCGUUAAGCUGCUUGAUUGGGGUGAAGAGGGCCACCGGACAGAAGCUGAGAUUGCCGCACUAAGGGCAGCUUUUUCCCAAGAAGUUGCUGUUUGGCAUAAACUUGAUCAUCCUAAUGUCACUAAGUUUAUAGGGGCAACAAUGGGCUCAGCAGAGCUGCAGAUACAAACUGAAAAUGGCCAAAUUGGGAUGCCAAGUAAUAUAUGUUGUGUUGUUGUGGAAUAUCUACCUGGAGGUGCUCUAAAAUCUUACCUUAUAAAGAACAGACGAAGGAAGCUAGCUUUCAAAGUUGUUGUGGAGUUGGCACUUGAUCUUGCCAGAGGGUUAAGUUACCUUCAUUCCCAGAAAAUUGUUCACAGAGAUGUAAAGACAGAAAACAUGUUAUUGGACAAGACACGCACUGUAAAAAUUGCUGACUUUGGAGUUGCUCGAGUUGAGGCUUCAAAUCCUAAUGAUAUGACUGGGGAGACAGGAACACUAGGCUACAUGGCUCCUGAGGUUCUGAAUGGCAAUCCAUAUAAUAGGAAGUGUGAUGUGUACAGUUUUGGCAUCUGUAUAUGGGAGAUAUAUUGCUGUGACAUGCCAUAUGCUGACCUUAGUUUCUCGGAAGUGACUUCAGCUGUGGUCCGUCAGAAUUUGAGACCAGAAAUACCAAGGUGUUGCCCAAGCUCUCUAGCGAAUGUAAUGAAGAGGUGCUGGGAUGCUAACCCUGACAAGCGCCCUGAAAUGGACGAGGUUGUCUCCAUGUUGGAGGCCAUUGACAUAUCAAAAGGUGGGGGUAUGAUCCCUCCUGAUCAACAGGGUGGUUGUCUCUGCUUCCGCAAGUAUCGAGGACCUUGAAGGAUUACUGCCUUUGGGCAGACAAAAUGACUUGAGUAUGAUUGUUUUGGGCUAUGGCAGUCGGAUUUGUAAUUAACAGUGAAGGUAAAGGAGAAUUGGGAUAUAAAAUGAUGAAGAGUGGAUGAUGGUGGACGUAGGAUGGGAGCUGCAUCACAUUUCAGUUCAUUGGAUGAUGUAAAUCUGUUGUUUUGUUUCUAUAUUUCUCCAAUAUUUUUUGGGGGUUUUUGAGAUAUGUGUAUCUAUUUGGCCGGCAAUUCUCGGCAACUGGCAUGACCACCUUAGAUCUAAGGUCACCCUUUCUAUAUGCUGUAAGCAGAUAUUAUUGUUAACAUUAUUAGGAUAAUUAAUACUGUUACAAUCUUUCACUUGGUGUA